GGAGUGCAUAUUUUCUCAGUCAAAAGACAUAAUUUAACUGGGAAAGCGUUGACAGAUUAUGAAUCAAAAAGAAUAGAUAAUCUGUUUUCUCCCUGUUAAGACAGAGAGAUGGCUAAAUCCCUUGCCCACAAUGGGUCACACAAAAAAAUCACGCACCCAACACCUUAUUAUCACGAAACCAUGUUAGAGGAAUCAUGAAAGCUGACAAACAUAAUACACCUAGACAAAACCUUUCUCCUUUCCCAUCCAUAGCUUAAAAUAUUAUAUGGCUUUACCCUUUUAAAUUGCCCCUCUUCUCUACCCCUCCAUAGACUCCAACUUUCUCUCUGCUUCUCAAUCAAAAUGGCCAACUUAGCCACUUUGUUUUUUCUAUGCUUAAGCUUGUCAAUGUCAACCUAUCCCCAAGUUUUCCAUGCUAUGGCACAUGAGUGGCCUGGAGGGAGAUCAACCAGGAUCUAUGAUUUCAAGGUACAAACGAUGACAGUUACUAAACUGUGUAACACCAAAGAGAUUGUGACCAUUAACAAAAUGUUUCCAGGACCUGUCGUUUACGCUCAAGAGAACGAUAGAAUCAUCGUCAAGGUCACCAAUGAGACACCCUUCAAUGCCACAAUCCACUGGCAUGGAGUCAGGCAGAAGCUAUCAUGCUGGUUCGAUGGUCCAUCUUACAUUACCCAGUGUCCCAUUCAAGCUGGCCAGACUUUUACAUAUGAGUUCACAUUGGUGAAGCAGAAGGGCACCUUUUUCUGGCAUGCCCAUGUUUCCUGGCUUAGGGCCACUGUUUAUGGUGCCAUUGUUGUGUAUCCUAAGACAGGGGUCCCUUACCCAUUCAAACACCCUUUCGAAGAGCAUAUCGUAAUCCUAGGGGAGUAUUGGCUGAGAGAUGUACUACAACUUGAGCGACAAGUUCUAGCAAGCGGAGGAGGUUCACCACCUGCCGAUGCAUUUACCAUUAACGGUCACCCAGGCCCUGACUACAAUUGCUCCAGCAAUGAUGUCUACAAGAUCGACGUAGUUCCAGGAAAGACAUAUUUGCUAAGGCUAAUUAAUGCAGGAUUAAACAUGGAGAACUUCUUUGCCAUAGCUAAUCAUAAAUUAACAAUUGUGGAGGCUGAUGCUGAGUACACCAAGCCAUUCACCACGGACCGUGUGAUGCUGGGACCAGGGCAGACCAUGAAUGUCCUUGUCACUGCUGAUCAGCCCAUAGGGAAGUACUCCAUGGCAAUGGGGCCUUACAUGUCUGCUCAGAAUGUUGCGUUCCAAAACAUAUCAGCCAUUGCUUACUUCCAAUACUUGGGUGCUGUCCCUAACAGUGUAUCAUUACCGGCAGAAUUGCCAAGCUUUAAUGAUAAUCUUGCUGUUAAGACUGUCAUGGAUGGGCUUAGAAGCCUUAAUCCUGUUAAUGUUCCUAAAGAGAUUGAUACUAGCCUGUUUGUCACCGUGGGAUUAAAUGUCAACAAAUGCCAGUCCAAGAUACCGCAACAAAACUGCCAGGGCCCGAACAAUGGGACUUUUGCAGCUUCCAUGAACAAUAUAAGCUUUGUCAAGCCUACUAUUUCUGUUUUGGAAGCUUACUAUAAGAAGAUUGGUGGUCAUUUCACGGAGGACUUCCCUGACGCGCCCCUUAAAUUCUAUGACUUUGUCAAUGGGGCACCAAAUAAUGCUCCUAAUAACACACAGGCCAUCAACGGAACUAGGACCAAGGUCCUUGAAUUUGGAAGCAGGGUGCAGCUUAUCUUCCAGGAUACUGGCACAUUCAGCACUGAAAACCACCCUAUUCAUCUUCAUGGCUACAGCUUUUAUGUUGUGGGAUAUGGUACCGGGAAUUUUAAUCCACAGACUGCAAAUUUUAACUUGAUUGAUCCACCUUAUAUGAACACAAUAGGUGUUCCAGUAGGAGGAUGGGCAGUAAUUCGAUUUGUCGCUGACAAUCCAGGGGUUUGGUUUAUGCAUUGCCACUUGGAUAUACACCAGUCAUGGGGCUUAGGUGCGGUGUUGAUAGUGAAGAACGGGAAAGGAGAGCUGGAGACUCUACCUCAUCCUCCUGCGGACCUGCCCCGGUGCUAGAUCCCCUUGCAUUCGAAUAAAUGGAACGAAAUGGGUUGCUGUGAUCUUUCUGAUCGAGGAUUCUUUUAGGCGCAAGUGUUUGUUAUAUGCCCUGAUUAUCAAAUUGUGUAUGUAAAGAAGUAAAGAUUGGAGGAAUAAAACUGCAAAUUUCUUUUCUUUCUUUUUUCAUACCGAGCACUUUUUUUUUUUUUUUGUUUUGGCUGUUUGGGCUAUGGAUUAUAAUAUCCAAACUAUUGGAAAACCCCAAGAUAGAUUCAGGUAUUUAUAUUUAAAAUAUCGCCUGAAGUUUAAAGUAUGAAAAAGAUCUAAAAUCCAAACAUGAAGAGAAAAAACGAAGACGACAACAACUAAAAAGGACCCAAGAGGAACACAUCACUUUU